AUGAAAGUGACGCCCGGCAGGCCAGCAGAACGCUGCACCAGAGAGUAUUCGGCCCUUGAGAAGGCUGUCACUGAGUCGGAAAAGUUUGCAGAAUCCUUUGGAUCUGACUUGGCCGCAUUCUGUUAUCCGUUUGAAAAUAACGUCGACUUCGUCGAUACCCCUGCAGAAGAAACCGAGGGAAGUCCAUUGGAGUCUGACGAUGAAGGGAGCCCAUCAGUGCCCCCAACACCUCCAUCGACCCCGAUGAACAAGCCUGAGAGACCUGAAGGCGGAGCGGCUCUACGAGGGCCUCCGCGAGACCAACGGCCUGCAGUGGUCUCACGGAGGGCUUGGCACAAGUUGAGGAGAUUGGUCGAGCGCCAAGAAAAAGAAGUCGAGGAGAAGGAGAAAGCCAAGCUCUGUGACGAAGUAACUGGUCGGCGGGAUCAGAGCCGCGAAGCGGAGGAAGCACGACAUGAACUUUGCGGCCACCGUGGGGAAGAAGCCCAACUCUCGCCUUUAGAAGAAAGCGCUACGGAAACUCUCCAGCGUAGUUCCAGCUCAAGUGAACCAUGGUCAGAACAGGAAGGCCACUCAACGAACAUUCAGCAAGACAUGGACAGGUCGUCAGAACAGGAAAGCCACUCAACGAGCAUUCAGCAAGAAACGGAAGCCGACGAGCUGCAAAAAGAAGAGGAAAUGUCUUUUGGAACCCCUUCCACCAGCAAGGGUGCUGUGAAUUUAGAAGGCGACCAGUUGAAGGAGCAAGAGGAGGAAAAGCCUGCUGGUAAAGCUGCUAUCCCCCUCAAGAGUGGUGUGAGCAGGGCAGGCGAUAAGCUGCACAGAGCAAACGAAGAGCUUCGUAAAGCCCCCAAAACUCGCAAGAGUACUGUGAGCUGGCACCCUGUGGCAGAGGUGGUGACUGUUGAGGCUGGAAGCCCAACGACGCAAUUUCCAAUUACGAGAACCACUGCAGAUCUCGCGGAGAAGUCUACUCUGCGGUCGUGUAGACGAAUGAGGGAUCGAGCGAAUGUGGAACUAAGCAGUAACUCCAGCAGCUCCACAGCCCCCUUUAAGUAA